UCUUUACGUUCUCUUUACAUCUCUACUUCCAUUUUGUAACGGUGUCGGUUGUAUGGAGGAAGCAUUAUUGUUCGAACCAGGUAAAAUAAAACGUAAAAAUUGCUCCUAACGAUCCAAAAAUGAGUUACGGAAGGCCGCCGCCUCGUAUUGAUGGUAUGGUAUCGUUAAAAGUCGACAAUUUAACCUACCGAACUACUCCAGAUGAUUUACGACGCGUUUUCGAAAGAUGCGGAGAAGUAGGUGAUAUUUAUAUUCCAAGAGAUCGCUUUACAAGAGAAAGCAGAGGUUUUGCUUUCGUAAGGUUCUACGACAAGAGGGAUGCCGAGGAUGCGUUAGACGCCAUGGAUGGACGUAUGUUAGACGGAAGGGAACUGAGAGUUCAAAUGGCUAGAUAUGGAAGACCUACUUCACCUCAUCGACGAUACGGGCGUCGCCGAAGGGGCAGCAGAAGAAGUCGAUCCAGAUCACGCCGUAGAUCUUUCAGUAGAAGCAGAUCUCGAUCUGAUAGCAAGAGCUCUAGAGGACGUUCUAGAUCGGCAUCAAAGGAUGAUAAAGAACAUUCAAAGUCUGUCAGUAAAUCUCGUUCAAGAUCAAGGUCUUAGGUAUUGCAGAAGGUGUAGGAGUGCAGUGCAGUUAAUUUUGUGGCUGCUCUCUAAGGUAUUUAUUUAAAAUUACCACCUUUGACCCAAGCAACCUCUUUAUUUAAUAAUAUAAUUUCUUAUUCUUAAAACAAAAUUUGAUGUUAGUUUUCAAAAUUAAAAGCGCAAUUUUCACUAUGUCUCAUUAGAUUAUAUGGAUAAUUAUAAUUUGUUCAAUUUCGUUUUAAUAGAAGAACAAUUUUAAGGAAAAUUGUAGAUUUUAGCUAUAGAACGAAAUUUAUAUGUAAAAUUGAUUAACAAUUUAUUUUAUUUGACCGAUGUAAACAAAAUACUGAGUAACUGAAUUGUAUCUUGAAAUUUUUUCCAUAAAAGUUGAAAUGUAUUUGUUUUCAUUUAUUUUUUUUUUUUAAAUAAAAGUAGGAAUCGAUAAAAAAAUUAAACAUUCAUGACUCUACAGCUAUUUUAAUAAAAUAAUUCUACAAUACUGCCAGUCAAAAUUCAAAUUAAUAAUGGGGUGUCUCAAAUAAACAUUUUCAAUCAAUGAGGAUUAAGUAACCUAAGAAGUUAUCAACACAUAGAGAAAAAUUCGCUUUUUGAGGUUAUGUUUUUAAAGUUUAAUCGUUUUGUUUAUUUCAUAAUUUCACUUUGUUUUAUUUUUGGGGUGUUUCUUGAACUCCCUAAUGUGACUGUUUUUUAUAUUUAAAUUUGAUAACUUAUAAUGAAAACACUUUGUUUUUUUUUAAUAAUGAAGUUUGUGUCUUAUUUAUUGGUGAACUUGUAAAUUUAGAACAAAAAUGAGGAUAAAUACCAGAAAUUGUCGUAGAAAGCAAUAAAUGAAAUCUUAAAGAAAGUAAUCAACUUUAUGUACCUCAAUUGUUUUUUUUUUUGUACUUUUUCAUAUUUUUUUUUGUUCAACUUUCCAAAAGGGAAUCAAAUGGUAUUAUCUAGAGAAAGUUUUCCAACUAUUUCCAUCAUAAUCGAGUCAAAACAGGUAAAAAUAGCAAAAAAGCAAAAAACAGAACCUAACCUAUACAAGAUGUAGCCACUACCUAAACCUUUCUCUGUAAAAGAAAUAAACACAAUAAUUGGAAACAAUCUGCCUAGGAAAGGAAGUAUUGUUAACUGUUAUCUAUAUUGCACCCCUACGUCUAGGAUACUUACUCCCUGUCCCAAUGGAAAGCUGAAAUUAUCAUUCUCCCUAAAACUGGAUAAUCUGAUAGAUCUUUCAGAUAUAUAUGCGUUCCCCAUGCCCUGAGCAAAUUAUUGGAAAAAUUAAAACCGAUAUAUGUUACCAAAUCAUCAAUUCGAAUUUAGACAACUAUCAAAUAAAUGCAGGUGUUUAAAAGCCUUGAAAAGCUGUAAAUCGUUCAGAAAAAUCAUAUAAAUUUUGAAAAACCAAAACUAAUGUAAUCGUUUUCUAUAUUUGAAAAAAAAAUAUAUUAAAGGUCCCUAAACUAAAAAUUACACUUAACAUUUUGGUGCAACUACAUCUGUACAUAGUGGUAAAUUCGAAUACAGUAGAUUUCAUUAUAGUGACGUUUCAAACAUAACCUAGAAAUUCGAAAUUUUAACAUCGAUUGAGUAUUCAGGGGUUAGUUGAUUCUCAUUGUUUUCAAUAUAAAAACUUGUUAAAAAAUAAUGAAAUAUUAACUAAAAUCAAUUUAAUUAUCUUUACAUUAACAAGUUAGUGAAUUUUUCCAGGUAAAAUUAAAGAUUUUAAAAAUAUAUAUACUAUUAUCGAAUUAUAAUUUAAUAUACAAAAUUUAUUUACAAUCCUGAAAAUAUUUUUCUAUUUUCAAAUUUUGUAUUUCACUAAUUGAAUAUAUUUUUUUGUGGAAAUUUUUAAUUAUAACGAAUAAAUCGAUAGAAAUAUU